GUCCGCGAUUCCUGCUGCUCGAACCAGGAACUGGUCAGUGCAACCACUCCAAGAAAACUAAACGGUAUCAAGCCAGGUCCAUCCGCAAAACACUUUCGAUCUCGAGACAGCAGAACUAGAGCAAUAUCUUGUAUAAGCCCGCUAGAUAUCGAGAGCUGCGGACCAGUGCUCCGUCAGUCGUCGGUGGGAACGCACGCUUAGCGCUUUUCGCGAUCCUGCACACGUGUGUACCGACGAUGAUCAGGAAUUGAGUGUCUUGUGCCGGCGUUCAAGUCUCCGGAUUUUCGGCGGAUAAUUUCACUUCAGACACAAGAACGAGUAUUGUGUUAAAGUUCACUUGUCUGAAACUGAAAAGUGAAACAGUCGCAGGUGUUCGAGGCGUGGUGUGUGGACACAUCUUCGCCGAUUUUCAGUGAGUGAACAGAAUGGCUUUUGUCCAGCGCCACAUGCGGAAAUUUGUGACUUGUGAAUGAUUUAGACUGAAAAACUGACAUCUCCCAACGGUGCAAUAAAAAUUAAGAUCCAUCUCCUGAAUUCCCAUGAGUGUGGUAGACUCGGGCCUCCCCUGGCUCCGGUAUUUGCCCCCGCUGCCCUUGACUCUCCCCCUCACCAUGCGCGAAAAAGACUCCUCACCUCGCAAGAUGUUGGUGGCUUCUGGCGGCCACAGCUCGCCCAAGCAGGCGGCCGUCUACCCGCUCUCCAUCCGGGUUCCCCCGGGAGACGAGAUGCCCUUCGAUCUGUCCCGCAACACGCGCUCGCCGGGCCCGCACAUGUCGCCCGCGGGGCGCCCGCCCCCGGGCCCGCAGGACGGCGACGACCAGCCCCUCGACCUGCGCGUCGAGCACAAGAAGCUCUCGCUGAUGAUCAUCCGGAGGCAGGUCGAGGACGAAAACAGAAACCUAAUCUCGCCGGCUGUUAGUGUGAAUAGUGAUAAAGACGAUGUUAUCGUGGACGAACGCAGCAGUCCCACGCACUCGGUACCAAAAACGUUCAGUCCCCAGAUUCCCGGGUACCCCGGGAUGCUGUUCCCGCCCCAACCCAUCCACCCCAUGAUGCUCGAGGCGAUGUAUCGGGCGCAGGGGGACAAAGUCCCGCGCUUGCCGCUCCCGUACCCCAGCUCCCCGCCGGGGUACCCCCAGAGGUACCCCUUCCUAAGUCCCUCAAUGCUGAGUCCUCCGGUGAAUCAAGUUCCUUUUGACAUGUUGAGGAAUCCGACGCCUCAAACGCCCAAAGUUUACGACACUGCAGGUGGUAAAAUGAAAGACAGAUACGCUUGUAAGUUCUGUGGUAAAGUUUUCCCUCGAUCGGCCAAUUUGACUAGACAUUUACGGACGCAUACGGGGGAACAACCCUACAAAUGUCGAUACUGUGAACGCUCCUUUAGUAUUUCGAGUAAUUUGCAAAGACACGUGAGGAACAUCCACAACAAGGAAAAACCCUUCAAAUGCCCGCUCUGUGAGAGGUGUUUCGGCCAACAAACCAACCUCGAUCGACAUUUGAAGAAGCACGAAGCCGAUGGGCCCACGAUACUCGACGAACGGAACCUCCAAAGGCGAACCAUGGCGUCGAGGAACCUGAGCGAAGAAUCCUACUUUGAGGAAAUUAGAAGUUUCAUGGGCAAAGUCACAGACGGACGACUCCUCCAACACCUACAGCCACCAAAACAGAUGCCAAACUUUCCAAUCACACUACCGCCGAAACUCUUCGAUGCCAAAUCAAGUCAAGAGAAGAGUCCCGACGAUGCCAAGCGGGACUCGUCCUACUUCUCGGACAAGGACAACUUCUCGUCGAGGUCCUCGAGCAGCUCAGAGAAAGACGAAGAAGAGAAACCGCAGGAGAAGAGCGAAGAAAGCACGAAAUCAGAAGAAGAUAUCUCAAACAAUAACAAUACCUGACUUUAGGUAACCUUGUGAUACGCGAUGUCCUUUUCAAAAUUGUCAAAUCUGAAUUUGGUACAAAUUGAUAAAAACGAGCCGGCCACUUGGCCGGCAGCUCAGCAGGUGGUACUCCACUCAGAUUGUGAUUAUAUUAUAAAACCAAAUUGUUGUUCACGUUGUUACGCAAUUUCGAGAGAGCAAUUAAAAAUCUUUAAUGUCCUAAUUUGUUUGGGAGCUCUGCAGGAUCGACCUCCGAAAUUUAUUAACAGGAGCUGAUAAAAGCCGCUCCGACACGCAAACGGUGCUGAAUUGAUAAUUUUCUCACAGGAUGUGUCACAACAUCAUAAUCAUGACCGGCUGGGACACGUGGAAGGCAAUUAACGGAGAAAUAUGAGAAAAGUACCCAACUUAAUUGGAACAAAUUUACGAAUAAAAAUCGUGGUUUAUUGUGACCACUUGCAUCACCGGCUUUCUCCAAAAAUGUUAAUACCGUUAGAUCUGAAAUAAAUCGCUGAUAUUUUCGCGUUGUAAUCAAUCAUCCGGUUGCAGAAUCACCGAACCAUCAAUCUCGCCUCACCCGAGGGUGCUUUCGGUUUUCGGAAAAGCGAUCAGGAAGCGUCCCAUCGCCAAAUAAAGCCGUUUCAGGAAUUCUAAACCUGCAGCGUCAACCAGUCGCUUUAAUUAAGAACGGAAAUUAACAGCGCUUUUAACGCAGAAUUAGCCAUAAAUGUAGGCAAUUAAGAGUGAUAGUUGAGACACAAAUUACUCGCCUCGGAAUAUUUUAAAGUAAAUCACACGAUUUUUUUUUAAUUGAUUGAUUCCGAGUAACGAGCUGAAAGUGAUCGAUUUUGAGGCCGGUCUCUUCCGGAAAAUUAAGUCGGAACGAGUUGAAAAUAUUUCUGCUUUUUUAUUCAUAAAACGAGUUAUUGGAAAGAUGCGUAUCGGGAUGGGAACGGAUGUCAGGAAUGCUUCACAAAGUAACAGUCGUCUCAUAUUCCAUAAAUUUCGAUGUUUUUGCCAAUUCGAGAUUUACGAGGGGAAAAUAUGGAAUUAUGGACGUGGACUGAAAUAGCGUUACGCACUCGGCCAUCAUUUUAAUACGGGCCUGGAGCGCUCCUAAUCUCCAAUAAUCUCGGACAUGUUCCUCGUGUUGCUACAACAAUUCUGGAUCGAGAUAAUGGCUUUAAUCAAAUAAAUGUCUAUAUUUAUGGCUUUGGGCCAAACAUGGUGCUUUCAACGGUUCUUCCUCGGCUUAAAAAUAGAGCUAGACCCGGCGGCAAUCGCAUCUCAAAAUUCACCAAAAAGCCCCACUCAACAGCUGUUUGUUUACAAUAAUUGAGGCGUUAAACCGGCUUUCUCCUCGUGCAUUUUUGACAAAAAUUGAUCACCUCACGGCCGCAAACCCUUCAUUAGUUUUCGCGCUGCAAGCCGACCAUCUGCUCCUGCAUUUUCCAAGAGGUCAUCUCGAGAUUAGUACCUCGGUAAAAUAAAAUUCAAACUAGUUCAGUUUCUCGGCAAGGAAGUGGGUGGAACUAACAGCGUCCAAGCCUGAAGGCAUCUCUUUAACCGACUCCGUAAACGAUACGCUCCGAACAGAUCUUCCAUAGAUAAAUCCGUUUUGAAAGAAUAACCAGCCGCUUACACCAAGCCAAUAAAUUACGAAACGGUUCUGAUUUAAUUUACACGAUUGACAAGUGCGGAUUGCGCGCUCGGAAUCAUCGUUAAUGACACGUCAGCACAGACAAUUUGUUUGCUUAACCUUUGGAGAUACUCCAUGUCGUCGGUGAUUACUCUCUUGAUCGAUAUUAGCGCAGGGAAGAAAAACACACCGAUGUAUUCAUAUUUAAUUGCCGAUGUUGCCUUUGCACAAUACUAUCAUUCAUAAUGCUGUCGUUAUCGCUAAUGUUUUCUAAGCUGAUUUUACUCCAUCAUUCUUCAUUCCCAUUACCAUAAAAAUUCUACCGGGGAUUACACGGGACCAUUAAUUAUGCUUUUGUUGGGACGCUUUUAUACUCACAAAUUUCUUGCACGACACAUUAUUCUUACUUUGGAUGACUAAUUGGCUUUGUCCACGUUCACCGCUCGCGAAUUAAUUUUUUCAAAUCACUUUCAUAAUCUUUUGUAACUGCUACCACCAAACACUUUGUCAUUUUACUCCGCAUUUUUUUCUAUUUUCCAUUUUUCUAAGUCUUUACGCACUCAUUAAUUUUCCAAAAAUAGAAAUUACAAAAAUUAAAAACUUAAACCGGUUAAACAAUUGAAGCGUGCAGUAAAAAAAUAAAAAAGACCUUGACGGUCGCAUUUUAAUCAAAAAAAUAUCAGAUUUCAGGAAUUUUCUAUAUAUAAAUGUCGUUUUUAUUUUAUCACUCAAUUAUUGUGUCAAAAGAUUGAAUAAAUUAAGUAAUUUUAUUAUAAGUAAUAUGUUUUCACACGAGGAUGGAUAUCACAUUAUUUGGUCAUUGGGUAAUCAAAUAAAAAUUUUCAGAAAUGAAUAUAAAUAACUCCAACGAAACAGACCUCUCUGUUGUGAAAAGCAGUGAAACUUCUAAAAUAUUGCUGUUUGUUUCAUUUUUGAUAAAUAUUAACUUUAUUGUCUCAUCUUACACUAUUAAACUAUUUUUUCUACAUUUUAAAGUCUUUUGUCCAAUUUCAUUGCCUUUUUCCUUUGAUUAGGUAAUCUUUUCAUCCUGUCCUUUUCUGCACCAACUGACUAAAUUCUUUUCUUCAACUUUUCUAUUACUUUUUUUUCAUUUCUUUAUCUUAUUUACUUUCCUGAUUUCUUUUAAUCUUUUUUUUUAUUGUUUAUUUUUUCUCAUUCUUUGCCUUGUUUUUUCUUUUCUUAUUACUUACUUAUUACUACACUAUUAAACUAUUUUCUCUAUAUUUUAAAGUCUGUUGUUCAAUUUCAUUGUCUUUUUCCUUUAACUGCUUGUUCUUUUAAGCACCUGCUGGCUAAACUCUUGUGUUCUACUUUUCUUUUACUCCAUUUUUUCAUUUCUUUAUCUUGGCUUUCCAAUUUUCCUGUAAUUCUUUAUUUUUUGUUUUGUUUUUUAUUCUUUCCCUUGUUCUUGUUCUUACCUUCUUGUUUGUAUUGAUUAAAAAAAACAUACUUUUGUUUUUUUUUCUAUUCCCUAGUACCCUCAUGUAUUAUCAAAGAUGCUUUGUUUAAAUUUCUGUAACUUACCUUUUUGUAAAUUCUAAUUUCCUCUUUCACUGCGCCUUAAACUAAAACUUUCUUGAGGCAUUUUCGCUUUAACGCUUUGUUCUAGUUAAAAAUCGUUAAUUGAGUAUCUCCAACUGUUUAUUUUUCUUGUCAUCAUUGUUGGAAUAGCUCAGUUUAACGAUCAAACUCAAUUUUCGUAACGGAACAGCGUUUGAUUUAUGUUUCCUGUUUUAAUUAAUUUUUGACACUUAAUCGGUGAAAGUGCCCAACUUAAAUCCCUCACACUUUUACUUCAGCACAUCUUUUUCACCUCCUCGAUGACAUCAUAUAUCAGUAUCGCGAUUACAAAUAACGGUACGCCACUGCAUGACUAAUGGCAAAAAUUUCAAGACGGUAGUCCUUGAUCUCGGAAUUUCGGUGUAGUUAUUUAAAUGAAUGCGUUUUUUCGGUUUUCGUUCAAGUCGAAAUUAAUUUUCAAUCGUAGUAAAGCGCCGCCAGCACUUAAAAUGUUAAUUUAUUCGUUCUUGUGGAUUCGGUGCGAUCUGCAGCCAACGCCCCGUAGAUAUUUAAUUACGUGGCGUUCGCGGCUUUGUUUUUAGACGGUUUAGAGAUCGCCUUUCAUCAAAUUGGAGCGACUUUCUUUUACUAUAAAUAAUAUUUUUAUAAUUUUUCUGUUAAUUAAUGGCGACAGUUUCACUUUUAUCACUACGCAUCGCGAGAAACUUGGCUUUUUCAAAACCGACAUAAAUCUUGGUCGUGGUUAUGUUAACUCGAAAUUAACAUAAUUGUUGUAGCUAUUUCACGCAGAUUAACUCUAGCGCUUAUCGCGGAAUUAAUAUUUGAUCUCACAUUUGUUUCAAACAGCGGAAUUUUGACACCUCUCGCCUGACCCAGCGUUGGAAUCACCCCACUCAACGGUAGCAGGAACGCCGCAGAGCCAUUAAAACACGAAUUUAUGCCAGGCUUCGCGUCUCGGAACAUUUUAUCAUAAAUAAACAUCAACUUUUUUAUGAAACUUUCCAAAAGCUCGGAAAAAAUCGGAGCUUUUUACCGUUCCACUUUUUCAUCACUGACAGAAUAUCAAUUAUUUCGCAGUUUUACUAUUGUUUCACCUUUACGAAACCGGUCGAGCGAGUUGCAAUUUGAUAAUGAGAUAAUGUGAGCGUUUCCAAUCCUGCAAAUGAUAGCAUAAUGUCACAUCACCUUAAAUAAUAAUAAUGACGGUGUAAUGUCCUCAAAGGUCGCAAAGGUGGCGAGUUUUCGUUGCAUUGACAUUUGGAAUAAGGCGUUGUCGUGCUCCGAAUCCUUGAACUCGAAGGCCCACCGUUUAGAGUUACACAUUCCUGCGAGGGAUGGGCCUCCGAUGCGCAAAUGUCAGAUAACACAUGCCUACCGAGAUCAAUCUUCGUAGGCGAAUGCAGAAUGCGAUCGUACAACGCGAUAAGGACCAAACCGGAUUAAAUAACUUUUAUUUAGCAUCAUCUAUCAGAUUCCUGUAACCAGUUCCUGCUGACAAUUUGUAAGGGUGGUUCCUGCGGGCUCCCGCAGCCCCGUUUAGUGAUUGUAGUGAUCUCUCCGCCGAUUCUGAAUCAGUAUUUAACAACAAUUUGUUCCUUUCUUAAUUAUUUUAUUGUACUUUCGUAAGUGUGCACCCAACUAAUGUAACUGCACUCGCCUAACCUAAGAAUAAGUUGAAACUAAUGUAAAUCAUCCUAUUUUUCUCCAAACUGCAAUUUAUUGUUGUGUUCCUAUAGAGAGUUUAAUUAUUUAAGUGCAAUUGCGUUUUAGUUACCUUUAGCUGUAUCUAGGUUAGUCGAUCGAAUUGUAAAUUAUUUGUUUGUUUUUUUGUACAAUUUUAUCGCGAAAGACUUGCAAUGAGUUCAAACUAUAAGCCAUAAAUUUAACGAAGUGUUUAUUAGAUUAUUUAGUCAACAAUGGUUACCAAGCUCGUUCUAUGUUUGUCUAGUGUAGAAAAUUGUGUGCGCUCAAGGCGGCCAUUUAGUCAAUUUUUACAAUUGUACAUAUUGGGACCAACGAAAUGGUGUGUAUUGUAAAUUGGUGUAAUGCAAUAUUUAAUCUGUAUAUUUGUAUUUUUUUAAAUGUAAUUAUAUUAUUAAUAAAACAUGCAAUUUCAA